CAGCUAGACAUUAGUAAGCAUGUUGGGUUCCUCGGUUCUUGUUUUAAUAUGCAUCCUGCUCGUCUUCCUCCUCAUCCGUAUCCAGAGGCCAAAAAAUUUUCCUCCAGGACCUUCUCCUCUUCCAAUAUUUGGAAAUCUGCUUCACUUCAACCUCGCAAAUCCUUUGAAGGACUUUGAAAGAUUUGCAGAAAAAUAUGGGAACAUUUUCAGCCUGUACACUGGAUCGAGGCCAGCAGUUUUUCUGAACAGUUUUGCGGUUAUUAAGGAAGCUCUGGUUAACAAAGCUCAAGACUUUUCAGGUCGACCUCAAGACUUCAUGAUCAGUCAUCUCACAGAGUGUAAAGGUGUUGUGUUGGCUGACUAUGGACCCCUUUGGAAGGAUCAUCGACGUUUUGCUCUCAUGACCCUGAGAAAUUUUGGUCUGGGAAAGCAGUCCAUGGAGGAGAGAAUUCUGGGGGAAAUUUCACACGUUGUUUGUUACCUUGACAAAAACAUUGGGAAAACAGUGGAUCCUCAGGUCAUGUUCCACAAUGUUGCUUCCAAUGUUAUCAGUCUGGUUCUGUUUGGACGCCGUUUUGAUUACAACAGUGAAACCCUUCAGUGCUACAUUCAGCUCAUUACCGAGAUUUCAAAGAUCCUCAAUGGACCCUGGAACAUGAUAUAUGACACACUUCCCUUUUUGAGAAUCCUGCCCCUGCCUUUUAAAAAAGGAUUUGAUCAUGUGAAGGUAUUAAAAGGUAUGAAUUUGAAGCUGAUUGACGAACACAAGAGCACAAGAGUCCCUGGAAAGCCGAGAGACUUCAUUGACUGCUAUCUGGAUGAGCUUGAUAAGAGAAAAAAUGAGGUUUCCACCUUUUCCGAAGACCAGCUCCUCAUGUACAUUCUGGAUCUGUACUUUGCCGGGACCGACACCACUUCUAACACCCUCCUCACUGCUUUCCUCUACCUCAUGAACCACCCAGAGGUGCAAGUAAAAUGUCAGCAAGAGAUUGAUGAUGUUCUGGAGGGUAAAGAUCAGGUGUCGUAUGAAGACCGAGACAAUAUGCCGUACACACUGGCUGUGAUUCACGAGGUUCAGCGUGUCGCUAACACUGUACCGCUAAGUGUGUUUCACUGCACUACACGAGACACAGAGCUAAUGGGCUACAGCAUCCCAAAGGGAACACUCAUCAUUCCCAACCUCACUAUUGUUCUAAAAGAAGAAGGUCAGUGGAAGUUUCCUCAUGAGUUCAACCCAGCAAACUUCUUGAAUGAGCAGGGCCAGUUUGAGAAGCCUGAAGCCUUCAUACCCUUCUCCACAGGU